GCAGCGUCGCGACCGCCUCAGACGGGAGUCCCGGCCAGCGACGCUCGAGGGGAACACGGGGAGCGGCCGCUGGCAGCGAGGGUGUGCGUGCGUGCGUGCAAGCGCGUGUGUGAUGGUGGGGCGUGACUGCCGCGGAGGAAGAUGAGCUCGAGCGACGUGGCCGCCGUGGUGGGGGCGGUGCAGUGGGGGGAUGAAGGCUCGUACGUGCGGGAGGUGGCCGCCCGCGGACCCUUGCCGCAGCUGGCCAAGGUCAUCAAGGGGCAGUACCUGGGCGUGGGCGUGCCCUCCCUGGCCAACCCCGGCCUGGCGUCCACGCUGCUGCUGCUGUCGGCGGGGCGCGGGCUGCGGGUCGCCGCGCAGUGCGUCAAGUUCAAGGAGGGGCGCCGCGUGGUGCCCGUCGGGCCCAAGCUCACGAUCCCCGAGUCCUACGACGGCUUCUUCGAGAUCCUGAGCGAGGACGGGCGCGCCGUGCGCUGCAUGGAGAGCGUGGCGGAGCUGGCCAAGCGGUUCCCCGACUCGGCGCUCGUGCGCGAGAGCAUCAAGGCGUACGUGUCGCGCUCCGACGACGUGGACACCAUCACGGAGAAGUCGCGCGCCGUGCAGAGCGGCGAGACGCUGGUGCUGGUGGGCGAGGUGAUCGGCUCCAAGAACGGCAAGAGCCAGCACCGCUUCCUGCGCUGCUUCGACCAGGCCGGCCAGAACGUGUACCUGCCGUACGACGCGCGCGGCAAGUUCUCGGCCAUCGCCAAGGAGGACAACAUCAGCGGCGUGCACAGCAUCCGCAACCUCCUCAACAAGCGCCUGCCGCUCAUGGUGCGCAUGGUGCACGGCCGCCCGCCCGUCGGCGCCAAGGCGGCGUCGCAGUUCCUGCCGGAGCUCAGGCUGUUCGCCGCCUUCUCGGAGGAGCCGCUGGCGGCUCUGCCCCUCGGGAAGGACGCCCCGCUCAUCCUGCUGCCCCCGCAGGCGCCCCUCAAGCUGGCGCACGCCCGCAACGCCGACCAGGUGGAGAAGACGAAGGAGUUCAUGCGGCUGUGCGAGCGCGCCACCUCGCUCCUGCAGGAGGUGGCCGACAGGAUCCACGUGUACGACGUGUCGGUGGGCACGAAGGGCGGCGGCAUGCGGGACCCGCGGUUCUCCAACUGGCCCGACCAGAACAAGCAGCGCCACAAGCACCACCACCACCACAACCACCACCGGCCGCACCACCGCACCAAGAGCCCCCCGGACGCCACGUCCUCCGCGGGCGGCACCGCCGUCCCCGACGACUACGACGAGAUCGACCAGAUCUACGACUACGUGCGCGGCUUCGCGCCGCUGCCCAAGCACAUCAAGUCCCCGUACGCCAGCGGCGAGCAGUCCACCCCCAGCAGGAGGUCGCAGGCGGCGCCCAUGUCCCCCGAGAGGGCGGACGCGAGGCCCACGCCGCCGCCCAUCGAGACGAUCCCGACGCGGCGCGGCGGCGAGCAGCGGGCGCACGAGAAGCUGUCUCCGUCGGUGCACCCGGCGCUGAUCUCGGCGGCGCUGGACCGCGCCACGGAGCGGCGGGUCGAGAAGCGCUCGCGGAAGCCCGAGGACAAGAAGGGCGGCGCCCACCAGCAGGUGACGCCGCAGCUGAGCCAGCACUCGCAGCAGUCGCCGGCGCAGCUGACCUCGCCCUCCACGCCGCUGCAGGAGAAGCCCAGCAACAACAAGCUGUUCGUGAAGGCGUCGCAGCAGCGCUCGCAGAAGGCGCGGAUGUUCCGCCACAAGUCGGCGUCGCCGGUGAAGGAGGCGCUGAUGGACGGCGUGGCGCCCCCGGCCGUGGGCGUGGGCGGCUCCUCGCCCUCGCCGCUGUUCAAGCUGCGCUACAAGUCGCUCACCAACCUGGCCAUGGACUUCGACACGCUGGACUCGAGCACGUCGGGCGGCAAGGGCUCGGCCGACUCGGGCGGGUCGGCCGCCAUCAAGGCCAAGCUGCCCGAGAAGCGCAGCCGCAAGCUCACGCGCCCCAAGAGCCUCACCAACCUGGUGUGGGACGGCCGAGGGGGCGGCGGCGGCGGCGGCGCGCCCCCCGACGCCCUCGGGAUGACCGGCACCGCCCGCGCCCUCCUCGAGGCGGAGCGGAAGCUGCGGCUGGAGCCGGGGGUGUACCGCCACGCCCGCGACGCGCCCGCGCUCCUGGCCGCCACCACCAGACUCCUGGCGUCGCAGAAGAAGAUCGGAACGCUCUACUUAUGAGGUGAGUGCGAGGGCCGCG